UGAUUAAGAAGAGCCAUUAUUAAAAUCUCAAACUCCUCAUAAUAUUAUUUCUUCAUAUGUUACACGAUCAUUUUAAUAUAUUAAUUACAGUUCACGUCAAAUCUUUAAAGAUUACUAAUAUCUUUUAAAUUAUUAAUUUGCAGGUCGAGAGAGAAGAAGAAACGAAGAAUGAGAAGACGAAAGAGAAAACAGCUGUCAUCAUCAUUGUUUGAGCCUAUACAAGAACCGUUGUGAAAAUCAUCUUCUUCAUUGGUGAUGAUGAAUCAGGUGGUGGAAGAGAUCAUGAGCAUCCACAGAUCCUUACCUCCUAGACCAGACAUCGACGACGUCGAAGCCGCGACUUCUCUCAUACAGAACGUCGAAAACGACGAUCAGAGCCGCUUGGACGCCGUCGAUAGAGAGAUCAAAAGCUCCGGCGUUCCUCAGGAGCUUUUCGACGUGUUGCAGGAGAUGAGGAGAGGCCUCGUUCGUUUCCAGAGUAAAGAGCAGAAGAGAGAGGCCGCGAAAGUGCUCGAUCUCGAAUCUGCACACGUUGUGUUCGACGAAUUGAUUCAGAGAGCUUAUGCGAAUCUCUCUCGGCCUCCGCUAGCGCCGGUUGUUUCUCCGGCGAGUUUGUAUUGUUCUGAUGAGGCUCAUGUCAAGUCCAAGGACAUGUUCACGCGCGACGAUACGUUUGUUAACAAGGUCAAAUCUUCGCUCUAUAGUGACGGUUUCUUAGCUCCUCGCAAGCCUCAGGUUUUGGAUUCAACAACACUUCAGGCUAAGAACCUCACUGGCCAUGAUGGGGAGAAGCUGAGUCUCAUAAAGCUUGCAACUUUGAUUGAAGUGUCCGCCAAGAAAGCUACUCAGGAGCUGAACCUGCAGCACAAGCUGAUGGAUAAUCUCGAGUGGCUUCCUGAUUCUCUAGGAAAGUUAUCGAGUCUCGUUAGGCUGGAUCUGUCUGAGAAUUGCAUCAUGGCGCUACCAGCGACCAUAGGAGGGCUUUUGUCCUUGACGAGGCUCGAUUUGCAGUCGAAUAGAAUCGGUCAGCUUCCUGAGUCUAUAGGAGAUUUGAUGAACUUGGUCAACCUGAAUCUUAGUGGAAACCAGUUGACGUCUCUACCAUCGUCUCUGAGUAGAUUGGUUAAUCUCGAGGAGCUUGAUUUGAGCUCUAAUAGCCUCUCUGUUCUCCCUGAGACCAUUGGUUCUAUCGUGAGCCUCGAGAAGCUCGACGUUGAAACAAACAAUAUCGAGGAGAUUCCUCAUAGUAUCUCGGGUUGUUCUUCCUUGAAAGAGCUCCGUGCAGAUUACAACAGGCUUAAAGCUCUUCCGGAAGCUGUUGGGAAGAUAACUACUUUGGAGAUUUUGAGUGUCCGUUACAAUAACAUUCGGCAGUUGCCUACGACAAUGUCCUCCAUGGCUAACCUCAAAGAGCUUGAUGUGAGUUUCAACGAGCUUGAGUCUGUACCAGAGAGCUUGUGUUACGCUACAACGCUUGUUAAGCUGAACAUUGGGAACAAUUUUGCCAACCUGAGAUCACUCCCGGGGUUGAUAGGCAACCUUGAGAAGCUGGAAGAGCUUGAUAUGAGCAAUAACCAGAUCCGUUACCUUCCUUACUCUUUCAAAGCGCUUUCACAGCUGCGUGUUCUUCACACACAGCAAAAUCCACUUGAAGAGCUUCCAAGGGAUAUAAUCAAAAAGGGGGCUCAGGCCGUGGUUCAGUACAUGAAUGAUCUAGUGGAGGCAAGAAACACCAAAUGUCAAAGAACUAAGCAGAAUAAGAGUUGGGUCGUCAGAAUCUGCUUCCUCUGCAAGUCCACCAACUAGAGAACACGGAGCCACUCUUGAACAAAAUCUGACUUCGAUUUCAUUCUUACAACUCCUGAAGUCCAAUCAAAGAUUCCAAUUGUAUACUUUGUAUUUGUUCAUACCUGACUUGAUCCUGAGGAAAAUGUAAUUCAAUUUCGUAAUGUCAAAUUGUUUAUAUUCUUGUUUCUCUUGUUGUAACUUUUUUUAUUUUUGAAGGGCUUACUUCUCCUGUUGUAACUUUCUUCUUUUUGAAUGCUGAAUUGAAUUGUAAUUCAAUGCUUGUUUCUUCUU